CAGGUUCCUUCUAGUGCUAACCUGCUCUGACCACUGCAGAUGUCCAAAGCAAAGGCUACACCCCCUCCUGGGUGCACUCUGAACAUCAACGAUCCUCAGGUCCAGGAGGCUGCCAUCCGAAUCCAAGCCUCGUAUCGCGGCCACAGGUCGCGUAAAGAGCUGCGGGAAAAAGGCCCUCCCAAGAUCCUGCAGGAGCUCAAAGAUGUGGUUCUUGUCGAGGGCAGCGCUGCAAAGCUGGAGUGCAGAGUUAGCGCUUUCCCUGAUCCUUUCAUCAUCUGGUGCAAGGAUGGCAAAGAGCUGAAGGAUGGUCCCAAGUACCGCUACGUUUUCGAAGACCCGGAUUUUGUGGCGCUCGUGGUUCGAGAUGGGGUCCUGGCUGAUCUGGGAAAAUACACUGUUUCCAUUAAAAAUCCAUUUGGACAGACAUAUGGAUCUGCCUGUAUUCUAGUGGAAGUUCCUGCUAAGGUUUCUAAAGGCCCAGACAACAUGAAGGCCAAGAGAGGGACAACAGUGGUGCUGAAGGCUGGAAUACACGGGGAGCCUCCUCCAGAUGUUGCCUGGCUCAAAGAUGGAGAUGACAUUGAAGAAGAUGACAGGGUAUUCUUCGACGUUGGAGACACCAACACAAUCUUGACCAUCAAAAAUGCAAAGUUGUCAGAUGCUGGCAAGUAUGAGGUGUUUGUGGAGAACAAUCUGGGCACGGACCAGUCCUUCGCUCGUGUCGACAUCCUCUGAUGCGACCUCCCAACUACACCGAUGCUAAUGCGAUGAGCCUCUGCUCUCUUAUAGUGCAAUCCAAUGGACAAUACUGUAUCCAUGCUGUGUUCCAAGCUGUACAUUCAAUCAUGCCCAUGAUAAAAAGUAAAUACUUUUUCGCCAACA